AAAGCUUGCUUGGCACUGCUCCCUCCUUUCAGUAAAAGACUGAAGUUUACAUGUAGCAGCAGUAUUAUUUCUUUUCGUUGGGGGGGAUGAAUGUGUCAUAAACACGGAGGCUUUGCAGAGGCCAGUGGGUGCACGUUUUAGCAAUGCGAUGAGGCCAAUGCACUUUGCAAGAGUUGCGCUGCAGAGAGCGUCCGCGGAUCCCGCGACCUGUUGCUGACAAGCUAAGGGAAUAAGGAGAAGGAGACGGAGAAGUUGGAGGAGCCGCGCCGCGUCGCUCUGCAGACACGGAGGGUAGGGUACUGCCGUGGACGGACUCUUCGCAGAGGAAAUCAUGCAUCUUGCAAUCUGGCUGGUUGGACUAACGUGUCAAUUGUCAGCACUCGUCAUUGAGACUCUGCAGUACCGAUUGCAUCCGAAACAAGAAAGCUUCAUCAAGCAGCUGUCAUCGUAUGAAAUCAUCACCCCGCUCCGAGUGAAUGAUUUCGGAGAAUCAUUCCCCCACAAGCUGCACUACAGAAGGAGACGGAGGAGUUUGAAUGAUGACCUGUCGGGCUUGCGGCUUCUCUACAGGAUUGACGCGUUCGGGGAACGCUUCCAUCUCAACCUGAGCGCAGACUCCAGCUUCAUCGCCCCCUCUUACACGGUGACUCAUUUGGGAGCCGAGCGGAGCAGCGACACGGACUCAGACUUCCAUGACCCCGGCGAUAUGCGGCACUGCUUUUUCCGCGGGCACGUCAACGCAAGGAGCGAGCACCCCGCUGUGUUCAGUCUGUGCACUGGUCUGGUUGGAACAUUUACAACACAGCACGCUGAAUACUUCUUGGAGCCUCUUUCAAAUGCGUUUGAGGAGGAAUAUGACGAAGAGCACAACAAACCACAUCUCGUUUAUCGACACGAGAGGAGAAGGAACAACGUGCAUCCUGAUGAACCCUGUGCUGCCUCAGGGAACUCCAAGAGGCCAGCCUCUUUUGAGAGCAGAGGGAAUAUGAUUGAGGAGGUGGAUUUUCUCAGAGCCACAAUAAGUCAGCAUCACAUUGAUGAAAACAACGCUACAUGCAACAGCUCGACUACCCCACGGAGGAGCAAGCGCUUCCUCUCCUAUCCUCGCUACGUUGAGCUGAUGGUGACGGCGGAUGCCAAAAUGGCCCGUCACCAUGGACACAACCUGGAACACUACAUCUUAACAAUCAUGUCAGUAGUUGCAGCGGUGUACAGGGAUCCCAGUGUAGGAAACCUCAUUAACAUCAUGAUUGUCAAGCUAGUCAUCAUCCACAAUGAGCAGGAAGGACCCACUGUGAGUUUCAACGCUGCCACUACGCUCCACAACUUCUGUGUCUGGCAGCAGAGACAAAAUGUCCAGGACGACAGCCAUCCUUCUCACCACGACACAGCGCUUCUCAUUACCAGGGAAGAUAUUUGCCGUGCAAAAGAUAAAUGUGACACUUUAGGGCUCGCAGAGCUCGGCACCAUGUGCGAUCCGUUCCGCAGCUGCUCCAUCAGUGAAGAAAAUGGAAUUAGUGCCUCCUUUACCAUCGCUCAUGAGCUGGGGCAUGUGUUCAACAUGCCUCAUGAUGACAAUCCCAAGUGCAGAGAGGCAGGCAUGAAGCACCAGUACCACGUCAUGGCUCCUACCCUCAACUAUGAUACCAAUCCUUGGUCAUGGUCCAAGUGCAGUCGCAAGUACAUCACAGAGUUUCUAGACACUGGAUACGGGGAGUGCCUCCUGGAUGAGCCUGUGGGCAGAACAUAUGAGCUUCCAAAACUUCUCCCUGGUCAGAUCUACAAUGCCAACAAACAGUGUGAACUGAUGUUUGGUCCUGGUUCUCAAAUUUGUCCCUAUAUGAAACAGUGCAAAAGGUUGUGGUGCACGAGCGCUGAGGGGGACCACAAAGGUUGUCGCACUCAGCACAUGCCUCUGGCUGAUGGGACUGACUGUGGUCAUGGAAUGUAUUGCAAACAUGGAAUGUGUGUAAACAAGGAGUUGGACAUGCAGCCUGUGAAUGGAGAGUGGGGUCCUUGGGGGCCCUACAGUGUUUGCUCCAGGUCCUGUGGUGGAGGAACAAGGAGCACCACCAGAGACUGCGACAAACCUGAGCCCACAAAUGGAGGUAAUUUUUGCGUGGGCCGCAGGAUGAAGUUCCGCUCCUGCAACACUGAGCCGUGUCCACGAGGAAGAAAGGAUUUCCGAGAAGAGCAAUGUUCUCAGUUUGACGGCAAGCACUUUAAUAUCAACGGUCUACCUCCCUCCGUCCGAUGGGUCCCCAAGUACAGUGGCAUACUAAUGAAGGAUCGCUGUAAGCUCUUUUGCCGGGUCGCUGGUACCAUGGCUUACUAUCAGUUGAAGGACCGCGUGGUGGACGGCACUCUGUGCGGUCCAGACACUUACGACAUCUGUGUUCAAGGCCUCUGCAGGCAAGCAGGCUGCGACCAUGUUCUCAACUCAAAGGCCAGGAAUGACAAAUGUGGAGUGUGUGGUGGGGACAACUCCUCAUGUAAAACUUUGGCAGGGACCUUCAAUGAUGCCCAGUAUGGCUACAACGCAGUUGUGCGGAUCCCAGCUGGAGCCACCAACAUUGAUAUCAAACAGGUUAGCUACUCUGGAAAACCCGAAGACGACAACUACCUCGCUUUGUCUGACACUCAAUCCAACUUCCUCCUCAAUGGGAACUUUGUGGUGGCAAUGUUCAAAAGGGAAAUCACCUUCAAGGGAACUAUCAUUGAGUACAGCGGCUCAGAUACAAAAGUUGAGCGCAUCAAUUGUACAGACCGCAUUGAGGAAGAGCUUAUUUUACAGGUCCUGUGUGUGGGAAACCUUUACAACCCAGAUGUACGUUACUCCUUCAACAUACCCAUCGAGGAGCAACGGGAGCAGUUUGUGUGGGAUCCCUCUGGCUCCGGGCUUGAAUGCAGUCGUCUGUGUCAGGGUGAGAGACGGCGGAAGGCAGUGUGCUUUCGUAAGAGCGACCACCUUGAAGUGUCGGACCAACGCUGUGAACAUUUACCUCGCCCCAUUGCUGUUACUGAGGCCUGCAACACUGACUGUGAACUCAGAUGGCAUGUCGCUGGAAAGAGUGAGUGUUCAGCGAAAUGCGGCCCUGGCUACCGCAGCCUGGAUGUUCAGUGUAUGAAGUAUAGCCAGAUGAAGAGACAGAGUGAGAGGAUAGAGGCUAGUUUCUGCGUUGACAUCACCAAACCUCAGAUGAGAGAGACGUGCCAUGGGGAUUGUCUGCUUAAGAGCUGGCAGUACAGUGCCUGGUCGCAGUGCUCCAAGACCUGUGGACGUGGGAUUCGUAGCAGAGAGUCUUACUGUAUGAACAACCUGGGCCGGCGAUUAGUGGACAGAGAGUGCAGCGAAUAUGAGAGGGUGGUAUCUGAGCCCUGCAACGAGCAGCUGUGUCCAAAGUGGGCUGUCAGUGAGUGGAGUGAGUGUCUGGUCACCUGUGGGAAAGGAAUGAGGCACCGACAAGUUUUCUGCACCAUGGGAGAUGGGGAGGAAAAGCUGAGGGAAAAUUUUUGCAACCCGUCUAGUAAACCUUCCACUGUGGGAAGCUGCGAACUUGCUGAGUGUGCAACAUGGCAGGUCGGCGUCUGGGGAGCGUGUGCGGUGACCUGUGGACAUGGCUACCAGAUGAGGGCUGUAAGAUGUGUCCGAGGGGACUAUGGUGACACAGUAGAUAACAGAGAGUGCAAUGCUGCGGCGAGACCCAGAGACAGCCAGGACUGUGAGAUGCCACCAUGUUCAUGGACCUCUGCAUCUCAAAUCACACCUCGCCCUGACAACUCUGUUCAACUUGUGACUCAGUGGAGAUAUGGCUCCUGGACUGCGUGCUCAGUGUCCUGUGGCAAGGGGAAGCUUGCACGCUAUGUCAGUUGUAGAGACGCUCAGGGAGGAGUGGCUGACGAAUCGUACUGUGCUCAUCUGCCCCGCCCUCCAGAGUUCUCCACCUGCUUCAGCCCCUGUGGUCAGUGGCAUGCCAGAGAGUGGUCUGAUUGUUCAGUGACAUGUGGUAUUGGACGAGCUACCAGACAAGUGGUCUGCUCCAACUACCACCAGGCAGUGGACCAGUCUUUCUGUGACCCCGAUGAAAGGCCCUCAGCUGAGCAAGAGUGCAACACUGCUCCCUGCCCCUCUGUCUACAACCGUCAGCACAUUUAUGAGCAGCCAUAUGGAUAUCCUCAGGAUCCAGGACAUCAUCCAGGACACAGUAGCUGGAACGUCCCGUCUGCAGACAACCAGUGGAGGACCGGACCGUGGGGCGCAUGUUCCAGCACCUGCGCAGGAGGCUUUCAGAGACGAGUGGUGGUCUGUCAGGAUGCUGAUGGGCGGAGCAACAGCUACUGUGAUGAAAGAGUCAAACCUGCCGAGUCCAAGAGGUGCGACUCCGGGCCCUGCCCUCUGUGGAACUAUGGGGUCUGGAGAGAGUGCACCCAGACCUGUGGUGGAGGGAGAAAGACUCGUUUAGUGGUCUGUCAAAGACCCAGUGGACAAAUGCUCAACGACUACAACUGUGACAUCCUGGACAAACCGCCUGACAUGGAGCAGUGCAACCUCCAAUCCUGCCCAGGCUCCACGUCCUGGCAUCGCCGACCAUGGAAGCCGUGUUCAGUGAGCUGUGGCCGUGGCACCAAGCAGCGGGAGAUAGCCUGUGUUUUCCAGAAUCAAACCCAAAUAGAGGAUCCUCACUGCAGUCACCUGCCCCGGCCUCGAACACAGAAGGCCUGCCGAGCUCAAGGAUGCCCUGCCUGGAAAGCCAACAGGUGGCGGGAGUGCUCUGUCACCUGUGGGUCUGGAGUUCAGGAACGAGAUGUUUACUGCAGGCUUAAAGGUUCGGGACAAGUCAGAGAAGAUCUAUGUAAUCCUCUCUUACGCCUUGCCUCAGUCCAAGUGUGCCACACAGCAGAAUGCACACAUUACUCCUGGGCAGUGGCUGAGUGGGAACAAUGUAAUGCAACAUGUGGGGAAGGGGUGAAGAGCAGACUGGUGAGAUGUGUGGGCCCGGGCCUUACACCUGUCCAUGAUGACUACUGUGAACCAUCAGCCAGACCUUCAUCUCUCCAGCACUGUAGAGAAGAGCCUUGUCACUACAUGUGGAUAACAGGGGAAUGGUCACAGUGCUCCGCCAGCUGUGGUGUUGGUUACCAGCAGCGUAUCAUCUCCUGCUCAUUGAUGCCCUCCUUGCUCUCUCAGCGUUUCUAUACUCAACCUUCCACUGACAGCAAAAACUGCCCUGAGCCUCACCCUCCUGCCACCCAGUCAUGUCUCCUCAGAUAUUGCCCUCACACCCCCUAUUGGAAAGUUGGCCCUUGGACCAAGUGCUCACAGACGUGUGGUUCAGGAGUGAUGGAACGCCUAGUGGAGUGUGUGACCUCCAAAGGCCAACUGUCUAAACACUGCCGUCCAUCAGAAAGACCUGAAUCUCAAGCUGCGUGUCAGGAGAGACAAUGCCAGGUGUUCACUUCCUGCCAAGAGGUUCAGCUGAACCAGAGUGUGAGGAUGGAUGGAGAAUACUAUCUUAAAGUCAAAUUUCGGACCCUACAGAUUUACUGUGCUGAGAUGCAGACGGAUUUCCCCAAGGAGUAUGUAACCCUGCGCAGCGGCCAAACAGACAACUACUCCGAGGUGUAUGGGCACAGGUUGAUUAACCCCUUCGAAUGCCCGUACAAUGGCAGUCGCAGGCAGGACUGUGACUGUAGAAAUGACUAUUCAGCAGCAGGGUACACGCUCUUCCACAAAGUUCGCCUGGACCUAAACUCCCUGCGGAUAAUUGUCACAGACCUCCAGUUUUCACAGACUAUUCACGGCCGGCCUGUGCCAUUUGCUACAGCAGGAGAUUGUUACAGUGCAGCCAAGUGUCCACAGGGCCAGUUUAGUAUUAACCUGAUUGGAACGGGUCUUAAAGUGGCUCCAAACACCAAAUGGACAUCUCAAGGGAAUUAUGUUUCUGUUAAAGUCCACAGAUCUGAGGAUGGAACAAGAAUUUACGGCCGCUGUGGUGGUUUCUGUGGGAAGUGCAUUCCACACGCUCAUAAUGGUCUUCUUCUCCAAGUUCACUGAGAGCCAAGCCAAAAAAACAAAUCUCUAAAUUCAAUUUGAUGACAGAGGGCCAGGAACCCACAAUAAGAGUGAUUUGUUGUAUCUAUUCAUUGGCUGUGACCACGGCAGAGGAUCGUCGACUGUGACAUCUCCAGUUCCCUGAUGGCAGCUAAGGAUACAGAACACAGCCCACUCUGCAGCACGUGGUCACCAUUAAGUUUUUCAUUAAAACUGAAGAUGAGUCAGCUUUAUUUGCUUGCCAGCCAUUUUGCUGUGGCACUGUUUGUGGUUUGGAAAUGUUUAUUAUAUUACCAAGGGAGUCAGAACCUAACAGUCACCAGGGAUUGCAAGAAUUAGAAACAGAACGAAAACAGCUUCAUCUUCUCUCUUUUCAAGGAAAAUAUUUUCAUCUUUUUUAGCUGCAGUUUGUAAUUUCAAAUUGUUUCUCCAGGCAAUGGUUUUCAGGAAGUGACACAAAGUGUUCUACAGUGAAAUAUUAGGAAAUUAAUGGUUAUCUUACCAUGCAACAAUAUGAGAGACAUAAACCACUAACAGCUUUAAGAAGAUAUAAAAGUAUUAUAAACAUCCGUAUAUGACUAGGACCGUAAAUCCCUUAAGUUAUUAGACCUUCUCAAAGUAGCAAAGUAGUAAUGGUGUCCCUGACCUACUUCACAUCAGAGGUCAACGUUUAGGAGAACAUUUGGUGCUUUUAGAAGAACUUCAUAUUUUGUUUUCAUUGCUACCUGUGUGUUCCUACUGCAGUCUGUAUUCUGUCUUUAGUUGCUCUUAAUCCUCAUUGGCAACACUGGUAAAGUUGUGUGAAAAAUCUUAUUACAAUUUUUUUUUUAUAUUUAUUAUCAUGACAAUAAAUAUCAAAUUAUCAAAAUUAUAUUAUUUUGAUAAUUUGGCUUGUAACAGAUUUGAGUGUAGGUACAGGUAAUUGUAUGGACAAAAAUUACAAAAAAGUUAUUUUUUCCUGGUUCAGAAACUUCACGCUUUGUUUUAAAUGUUGUGAAAGUUAUUGACUUAUUGUCGCUACACUAAAACAUGCCUUUGUAAAUGUGAAUGCAGCAGGCAUUCACAUUUCUAUCUCAUUGUGAACAGCACAGUAAAGAAGGAAAAAGGGUUGGAUUCCAAGUGGUAAACUCAAAUUCAAUCAAUAAAAUGCAUAGACUUUGAUAUAUUUUGCAUGCUGUCCACAAGAAAAUAGGUCUUUAUUAUUGAAAUCUGUGCAAAAUGCAGCCACUGACAUAACCACGACAGUGGACCAACGGCUUGUAUGAGUAGUUGGCUUUUUCCCAAUGCCGAUCAGUUGAAAAUGCUGAGACCCUGAGCCAAUACCGAUAAUCUGAUCAGGACAUCCCUACUUAAAACAAUUCUAUGCAGUAUGAUUAUCUCACACAAGAAGAAAACGAAAAGAAUAAAAACCCAACCCUUAGUUGAGUACAUUUAGUUUAUGGGGAAGAAUAUCCCAUCUAAAGAAAAAGUUGUUUUUAGUAAAAUAACUGUUUCUACACUUAUUGGCACAACUAACAGCCUUUAAAAUAAAUGGUACAGAAGCAAUUUAAAAAUGUAUACUUUGUUAGGAUGAUUUGAGUGUCUAAGAAACUUUGAUUUAUUAAUUCAGUAUUUUAGGAAUGACAUAAUGUUUCUCUUGGCUACUGUUUUGGCAAUAAACACUCCAGGGGGGUUCAUGUGAAACAAAAGGAAUGUGGAAAAGUACCUCAUGCCCACUGUUGAAUAUGGUGGAGGGCCUGUGAUGAUAUGGGACACUUUUCCCCAAAGCCCUGGGGAUCUUGUUAGAGAAUAGAUCAACCAUCUUAAAUAUUAAUAAUAAAUGGCCAAAUUAAUACAAAAAUGGUUAACCAGACAUAAAAUCUACCUUCAUCCAUGUCCAUCUUAGUCACCAAAUCUAAAUCCUAUAGAGAACCAGUGGGAUGUGCAGAACAGAAGAUGGCAUAACAAUCUAGAUAGUGCAAAAAGGUCAGAGAUCCCUCUCUCUCUCUCUGUAUGUUCCACCUUUCUAAAAUCUUCAGUGUAAGAUUAUGCUCCGGCAAUAAAUGAUAAUUUUUUCCACAUCUCUACCUGGGUUGCCAAUAAAUGCAUCAGGCACUCAACACCUCUCUACUAAUUGUUACUGAGAAUCACACUGACACACUAAUGGCUUUGCUGUGAGGAAAACAAAGGCGAUAAAAGAGUGUUAUUCAUUAAUGCACAAGUUCUCGUCUGCUACAGUACAUCACAAAUAAUCAGGUGUGUGUCUCACCUCGCCCAUUCUGUUUGGCCUGCUGUAGGUACUCACAACCCUACCUCUCACAAGCAUCUAUACUCUGAAAUGUGUUGUAUUACAUUUGUGUUCAUCCAUAUUUAUUCUGUGGUGACUUCUGAAUAUGUUGUUUUUAAUAUGAUACAAUGACUACUACCAGCAGAGGACACAUUGUCUGCUUUGCCAAAAAAAAAGUACUCUAACAGUGUAUUGUAUAACCACUAACGGUAAUGUAUGAUGCUUUUUAACUACUGGAAUUACCUCUUAUCUAAAGAAGGAAAAUAAUGACUUUUGGAGUAACGCUUGCUGUGGCAGAGCCUCACUUGUUUUUACUGACAGAGGUAGGAAUGCUUAUGAAUGAGGUCAGAGUAUUGUUUUUAAUCCAUCAACUGAACUUUUCAUGGGAAAUCUCCUCCUACAGAAGCAGUUAACUCUUCAUCAACAACUUACAGUUACUGUGACAACCAUCAUGUAACCUAACACACUAGCAUGCAGAUGUUGAGCUUUUAACCAAAGUUGGGAAACAGAUCCAGAUUAUAUUUUCUUUUCAGACGAUGCAGCUUACUUUGAUUUAAAGGAUGGCUGAAAAUGAUAAAACUCACUGAGCAGCUAGAAAACCUUUGGCUGUCAUUCAUUUGUGUUUUAUGACCGCCAAUUGUGCUAUGAGAUCUGUAUCAGAAAUUCAAAAAAUAUUUGAUGCACUAUGUGCUAUUAAUUUUGUAGAAAUGUAGUCCUGUAUGUUUUUAUAAUAACCAUUACACUGUAACUUAUAUAUGUGUGUUUUUUAACAUUCAAUACUUGAAUUGUAAACAGUGUGCGACGUAUUCAGUGGGCAUUGGUGUUGAACAGAGAAACGGUCCGCCUGCUUGCCCUGCUUUAUCCAAAGAUGUUUUUAAGAAUCAUAUGUAUAUUCAGUUUGUAUGUAUGAAUGUAUGUAUGGAUGCAUAGAUGUAUGGAUGAGUAGUGAAUGCUGCCUGUAAGAAAUGCAUACUUCUGGUGCUACGUAUGGUUACUAAUCAUACAGUUAUUGUAUAUGUCAUUAUACUAAAACAGGAAGGAGAAACACAGAAAAAUAAAAUCUGCUAUUUAGCAAAAAAAGA